AUGUGGAGCGCCAUUAAAACUUACAUCUGGAGGCUGCGGAUCACCACCAUAACCUCCAAAUGGCGGCUGUGGUUCGCAUCCCAAACCAUCCACUGGCGGCUGUGGUUCGCAUCAAAAACCAUCAUCACGGCGGCCUGUGGAUCGCACCCGAAUCCUCUAACUGGUGGCUGUGGAGCGACACCGAAACCUCCAUCGGGCGGAUUUGGAUCGCCAAAAAAAUUAUCAUGGGGCGGCUGUGGAUCACCACCGAAACCUCCGUCUGGUGGCUGUGGAUCGCCACCAAAACUUACGUCUGGAGGCUGCGGAACGCCACCAAAACCUCUAACUGGUGGCUGUGGAGCGCCACCAAAACUUACAUCGGGGGGUUGUGGGUUGCUACCAAAAGUUACGUCUGGAGGCUGUGGAUCGCCACCAAAACCUUCAACUGGAGGAUGUGGAGCGCCAUUAAAACUUACAUCUGGAGGCUGCGGAUCACCACCAAAACCUCCAACUGGCGGCUGUGGUUCGCAUCAAAAACCACCAUCGGGCGGCUGUGGUUCGCCAUCGAAACCUCCAAGUGGUGGCUGUGGAUCGCCACCGAAACCUCCAACUGAUGGCUGUGGAGUGACACCGAAACCUCAAACUGCUGGUGUCUGUGGAGCGACAACGAAACCUACAUCUGGUGGCUGUGGAUCGCCACCAAAACCUCCGACUGGCGGCUGCGGAUCACCACCAAAACCUCUAACUGGUGGCUGUGGAGCGCCACCAAAACUUACAUCGGGGGGUUGUGGGUUGCUACCAAAAGUUACGUCUGGAGGCUGUGGAUCGCCACCAAAACCUUCAACUGGAGGAUGUGGAGCGCCACCAAAACUUACAUCUGGAGGCUGUGGAUCGCCACCAAAACCUUCAACUGGAGGAUGUGGAGCGCCACCAAAACUUACAUCUGGAAGCUGUGGAUCGCCACAAAAAGCUCCAACUGAUGGCUGUGGAUUGCCACAAAAACGUUCAACUGGUGGAUGUGGAGCGCCAUUAAAACUUACAUCUGGAGGCUGCGGAUCACCACCAAAACCUCCAACUGGCGGCUGUGGUUCGCAUCAAAAACCACCAUCGGGCGGCUGUGGUUCGCCACCGAAACCUCCGGCUGGUGGCUGUAGUUCACCACCGAAAUCUUCGUCUGGAGGCGGCGGAUCAACACCAAAACCUCCAACUGGCGGCUGUGGUUUGCAUCCAAAACCACCAACUGGCGGCUGUGGUUCGCAUCAAAAACCACCAUCGGGCGGCUGUGGAUCGCCACCGAAACCUCCAAGUGGUGGCUGUGGAUCGCCACCGAAACCUCCGACUAGUGGCUGUGGAGUGACACCGAAACCUUCGACUGGUGGGUGUAGUUCUCCACCAAAACCUCCGACUAGUGGCUGCGGAUCGGCACCGAAACCUCAAACUGCUGGUGUCUGUGGAGCGACACCGAAACCUCCAUCUGGUGGCUGUGGAUCGCCACCAAAACCUCCGACUGGCGGCUGCGGAUCACCACCGAAACCUUCAACUGGUGGCUGUACUUCGCAACCAAAACCUCCAACUGGUGGCUGUGGAUCACCACCAAUACCUCCGUCUGGUGGCUGCAAUUCACCACCGAAACCCCCAUCUGGUGAUUGUGGGUCUGCCGAGAAACAAUAA